AGGUAGCAUAAUUUAUUUCAGUGGAUUCGAUUCCACUUCCACUUAAAUUAACAAAUGCCGAAAGCAACCGAACCCAAAUGAUUUCAUUUCUACGCACUGAUAUUCUCACUAAACUCACCUCUCACUCUCACAAACUAACAAAACUCAGUUACAUUACUUUUAAAACCCUAAUUAAACCCCAAAUGGCCGACCUCGCCGCCGGCGAUCGGAAAACAAUUAAACUCCCAAUCCCCGGUCAGCGCAACAUCCUCAUCACCAGCGCCUUGCCGUACGUCAACAACGUCCCUCAUCUCGGCAACAUCAUAGGAUGUGUUUUGAGUGCGGAUGUAUUUGCAAGGUACUGCCGGCUACGAGGAUACAAUGCGAUUUACGUGUGCGGGACGGAUGAGUAUGGGACGGCUACGGAGACGAAAGCGAUGGAGGAGAAUUGUACGCCGAAGGAAAUUUGUGACAAAUAUCAUGCUAUUCAUAAGGAGGUGUAUGAAUGGUUUAAUAUAAAAUUUGAUGAAUUUGGACGCACUUCAACCCCACAGCAGACUGAGGUUUGCCAAGCAAUUUUCAGUAAACUAAUGGAGAAUCACUGGCUUUCAGAAAACACAAUGCAGCAGCUUUAUUGUGAUACAUGCAAAAGAUUUUUGGCCGAUAGACUUGUGGAAGGUACUUGCCCUACACAAGGUUGUAACUAUGACUCUGCAAGAGGAGAUCAAUGCGAAAAUUGUGGCAAACUCUUAAACCCUACAGAAUUAAUAGACCCAAAAUGCAAGGUUUGUCAGAACACCCCACACAUACGUGAUACAAAUCACUUGUUUCUCGAGCUCCCUUUGCUGAAGGAUAAACUAGUAGAGUACAUCAACAGCAUGUCAGUAACUGGAUCAUGGACGCAAAAUGCUAUUCAAGCUACAAAUGCAUGGCUUAAGGAAGGUCUAAGGCAACGGUGUAUAACUAGGGAUCUGAAGUGGGGGGUUCCUGUUCCACAUGAGAAAUUUAAGGACAAGGUAUUUUACGUCUGGUUUGAUGCUCCAAUUGGAUAUGUUUCUAUCACUUCAUGUUACACGUCAGAGUGGGAGAAGUGGUGGAAGAACCCUGAGAAUGUAGAGUUAUAUCAGUUUAUGGGCAAGGAUAAUGUGCCUUUUCAUACCGUGAUGUUUCCAUCAACGCUUCUUGGAACUGGUGAAAAUUGGACUCUAAUGAAAACCAUCAGUGUUACAGAGUACUUGAACUAUGAAGCAGGGAAGUUCUCAAAGAGUAAGGGUGUAGGAGUUUUUGGAAAUGAUGCGAAAGAUACUAAGAUUCCAGUAGAAGUGUGGAGGUAUUACUUGCUAACCAAUAGACCAGAGGUAUCAGACACAUUAUUUACAUGGGUGGACUUGCAAGCAAAGCUAAAUACUGAAUUAUUAAAUAAUCUUGGAAAUUUCAUCAAUCGUGUCUUAAGCUUUAUUGCCAAAGAUCAAGCUUCGGGCUAUGGCUUCAUCAUCCCUGAUGCGCCAGGUGCAGAGUCUCACAUUCUAACAAAAAAAUUGGGUGAUAAAGUUGGUAACUAUGUGGAACAAUAUAUAGAAGCUAUGGAGAAGGUUAAGCUAAAGCAGGGGCUAAAGCUUGCAAUGAGCAUUUCUGGCGAGGGAAAUGCAUAUCUUCAAGAAACCCAGUUCUGGAAGCUUUACAAGGAAGACAAGGCUUCUUGUUCUAUAGUUAUGAAAACUUCCGCAGGACUAGUCUAUCUGCUUGCUUGUCUGCUAGAACCUUUUAUGCCAUCUUUCUCUGUUGAGGUACUUAAACAGCUCAACAUGCCUCCUGAGACGCAAAUUUCACUUGCAGAUGAAAAAGGAGACAUUGACAGGUCUAAAAGACCUUGGGAGUUUUUACCUGCUGGUCACAAAAUUGGAACACCUGUUCCAUUGUUCAAGGAACUGUCAGACAAGGAUGUGGAGUUUUUUAGGCAAAAAUUUGCUGGAAGCCAAGCCGAUAGGAUUGUGAAGGCAGAGGCUGAAGCUAAGCAAAUUGCUGAGCAACUAAAAAGGGCAAAAGUAUCAGAUGGAAAUGUAAAAAAAGAGCGAUCAAAAAAAUCAUCUGAAAAUAAACCCAAGAGCACAGCUGAACAAGAAAUAUCCAUAAGUAGACUUGAUAUCCGUGUUGGCCUCAUCACAAAGGUUCAGAAGCAUCCUGAUGCUGAUUCUUUAUAUGUGGAAGAAAUUGAUGUGGGUGAGGGUCAACCUCGGAUAGUCGUGAGCGGUCUUGUCAAGUAUAUUCCUCUUGAAGAAAUGCAGAAUCGGAAGGUCUGUGUUCUUUGCAACUUGAAACCUGUAACCAUGCGGGGAAUAAAAUCAUAUGCAAUGGUGCUUGCUGUUUCGAAUGAUGAUCACACUAAGGUUGAAUUGGUUGAUCCACCACAAUCAGCUCCCGUUGGGGAGAGAGUGACGUUCUCUGGCUUUGAAGGCAGUCCCGAUGAUGUGCUUAACCCUAAGAAAAAGGUCUGGGAAACCAUUCAGCCAGAGUUGCACACUAGCAAUGAACUGAUAGCCUGCUACAAAGAUAUGCCUUUCAGUACGUCAGUCGGACUUUGCAAAGUCAAAUCAAUUUCUGACGGAUCAAUUCGAUAGACCGAUCUUUUCAGAAAACUGGAGCUUCUGGGCCUGAAAACUGUUGAUAAGGUUAUACAAUUCAGUGAUUUACUGAACUGGAGCUUCUAGGCCUGCAAAUUUUUGUGCUUGUCAAAUGUUACGCAGAUAAAAGGACUAUAAGUAGCUGGAUUUUAUUAUGCAUUGGAUAGUCAAAUCUAGUCCUGUCAGAAACAACUAUCUGAUUGUUUUGAUCUUCAGCUGACUGUGAUGGUGGUUCAUUAGAUUACACCAUCAGAAAAUGUGUAAUUUUCUUACAAAUUUACAGAUUUGUUACAGUUCUGUAGAGGUGGUUCGAAAAAUAUACCAACACCAGGAUGCUAUUUAUAUUUAUAUAUACAGUUCUGUAGUA